CGCGCUGGCAGUGCAGGCCCGACGAGCAUGGCUGGAUGAAUGGCCAAGCAUCAACUGCAACGAAUUCGCUGCAAACGUACGUGCCACCCCGCGCUCACGUUCGUCCAGACUUGGUGUCCAACUGGGCAGUCGCGGCAAUGUCAAUUGCGCCAGGAGAUUUCAUUCAAAAGUACCAACUGAUUGAACGGACUGCUGUACUGGGAAUCUGUGGCCACAACUCGUUCGAGCAGCAUCACACGACGUCGCUGGUGGUUGUCGGAAGCGAUCGAGCCACACGAACGACUGCAACGUCGUCUUCGUACUCCAUGUCGUUGAGCCAGAUGCAGCUGGGCAUGGACACCCGUCCAGAGCCGCUUCUCGUCGAAGGACCGUCGCUCGAGUAUCAAUGUUCGACAGAGCACAUCGAGUUCAUUUAUGUGAACGAAAACUAUCGCCUUCGCAAGAAAUUCGACGGCGGUGCCCAUGGUGAAGUGUGGCGCGCGAUUCGAACGACCUUCGAUGAGGACGACGAAACCAGUGUGGGCUUUGUUCUCAAGCGCAUGUUUGUGGAGUUGGGCGAAGCGACGCACUUGAGUGGACAGCGGGAAGCGCAUUUUGGCCACCAAUUGCGCGGGGAGCCGCAUGUAACAAGGUUUGUCGAAUCGUUCUACCGCGACUCCGUCACCAUGGCGACCAACGAGUCGGGGACGCCACUCCAAGAGCUAUGGCUUGUGUUUUACGACGAAGGCAUUUCGCUGCGCCACUAUAUCUACACGAAAACCAAGUCUCAAAAGUUCGUCGUCGUCGAGCCGUCGUUGUUCUGGAAACGGAUGCGUACGGAAGCGGAAGGCGCCGGCGUCUACCGAGAAAUCCUUCGACAACUCCUGCAAGCUGUCGCUGCUCUCCACGAAAGAGGCAUCACGCAUCGAGACAUCAAGCCAUCCAACAUCCUCAUUAGCCACGACGACAAUCUCGUGGUCAAACUUGCAGACUUUGGGUCGGCCGUGGAUGCGUUCACCCAUGCGCACAUGUACGGAGACAAGGGCCCGACUCAAGCGGAGGAAACCCGCGAGUACCAGCCCCCAGAGGUGCUCUUUCAUGGCGACGACGUCCCGUACGACUAUGCUACGCCGACGUCGUACGAUAUGUGGUCCGUCGGUGUCGUCGCGCUCGAGCUGCUCUUGGGAUCGCCGCACGUUUUUUCCAUCUCGUCUCGGGCCCGGGCGAAAGUGGAUGCCCAUAUGCGCGACAAGCCGGAAGCAACUCGAUCCAAGAGCUACUUGCUGCAUGUGCUUACGGAAUUUUGCAUCUUCCAGCCGCCGUCGCUGGCCAGGUAUCACGAAGACUAUGCCCUUGUCCACGACGCGUGCAACUUUGGAACGUUCAACACGACGAUUCAAUCCCGUGACCCACUCGGCCUGGGUCUCCAAGACCCGUACGGCUUGCAUUUGCUGUGGCAAUUGCUGCAGUGGGACCCUGCCAAGCGCAUGUCGGCGCGCGAUGCGCUCGCCCACGCGUACUUUCAAGGCCCGUAUGUGUGCAAUGAAACCGGUCGGCACUUUCCGACAGAGGCCGACUUGGCCCUCCAUCAAGCGUUCCUCGAAACCAAACGCACGAUGCACCGGUCGUUCGUCCAGCGGCACUACGACCUCCCCGACACAUACUUUUGUCCGUGUGGUCGGCAGUUUUCGAGCGUCGACGCGUGUACGCGCCACCUCCACGCACGGCGCCACGCGGCGCCACACCAGUCAACGUGUCGCUAUGCCGCGUCCGGCCUUCGCGCGCAACUCUCCCCGCCGCGAGUUAUCGUCGAUUCGACCGCGUUUGCCCAUGGAUACGCCAUGUUUAAUGGCCGCCGUCGGUACAUGGAAGACUCGUUCGUCAUUGAGGCGAACCCAGCGUCCGGGUACGACCUGUACGUGGUGCUGGAUGGCCACAUGGGGCUGGGGGCCGCUACCUAUGUUCGGCAGCACAUUGGGGCGACGUUUGCGGCUCAUUUCGUCGACAUUGUCAUGCGGAACAUGGAGUCGUCGCAGGAAAACGCGUUGGCGCAGCGACACCUUCUGGAAGACCUCGCGAUCCGUCAAACUCUGGCCGAUCUUCACGCGUCAUUCAUGGCACAGGCGGCGGAGGACGACUUUUCUGGGACCACGUGUACCUUGAUAGUGCAUUUUCGAACGGAACGGCGGCUCGUCGUGGCCAACGUCGGCGACUCUCGCGCUGUGCUGUACACGCCGCCGACACAAAUGGAUGGCCAGGAGCCAAGCUCGAUGCAUGUCGAUGCCAUGCAGCUGACUCAAGACCAUUCGCCCAACGACCCAGACGAGCGCCGACGAAUCGAGUCGAGUGGAGGGUUUGUCUCGUAUGUCGGUGUGUGGCGCGUCAUGGGGCAGCUGGCGGUAUCGCGGACACUCGGCGACCGACACUUGAGCCAGUACGUGAGCUGCGAUCCAUCCAUUUCCCACGUCAACCUGCCGCCGACGGGCUUUUUCGUCGUCGCAUCCGACGGCGUGUGGGAAACAAUGGACAACGCCGCCGUCGGACGAUUUGUAUCCGACCGCAUCGUCGUGGACGGCGACGACCUGUACGCGAUCGCGGCCGAUGUCGUCAUCGAAGCGUUUGUCCAUGGCAGCAGCGACAAUUUGUUUGCGAUGGUCGUUGCUUUCGACGACACGCCAUGACGGUCGAAUACAUGCGAUCUCGUCGAUUCCAUCAAAGCACGCGACAUAUCGACAUGGAGCCACUCGUCUGUGUGUGUGGAAGCGCCGAUCGAUGCACGAUGACCGACGUGCCACAUGAACACGGGUUUGGUAGAUAUAUUGGAUUGAUGUUGCUGCGGUGCCGCAGCAGACGAUGCCG